UUUAGUCAUUUUGUCAAGUCCAUUUGGCAUUUUGAAAUUAAUUAGUUUUAUUAUUUUACUGCGACUUCCGAGAAUGAAUCUCAUACGCGACAAAUUCUCACCCGACGGUCGCCUGCUCCAAUUGGAACAUUCCUUGGAGGCAAUCCAGUUGGGAUGCACUGUCAUUGGCAUUUGCACCAAUACUUGUGUUGUUUUGGCAGCGGAAAAGCGCAUCACAUCCCCUCUGAUGGUAACUAAGAAUGUUGAGAGAAUUGUGAAACUGGAUGAUCACAUUGGAUGCGGAUUAUCCGGUGUUUUGGCUGAUGCACGGCGAUUAGUUGAUCGUUCUCGAAUUGAGUGCCAGAAACAUUGGCUCUCAUACGAUGAAUCCAUGCCAGUUGAGUCCUGCACCCAAUUCACAUCCACAUUGGUAAUGCAGUCCUCUGAUACAGAUGAUACAAUGAAUCGUCCUGCCAGUGUGGCCCUACUCUUUGCCGGCUUCGACGGCGAUGAGCCUCAACUGUGGCACUUGGAUCCAUCUGGAACAUAUACGCGCUAUUUGGGCAAGGCGAUCGGAUCUAAUAGUGCGUUUGCCCAAAAGAAAUUGGAAGAGAAAUACAGAUUUGACAUGGACGUAAAGGAUGCUAUUGAACUGUGUUUAAUCACACUAGAACAAGCCAUGGAGGAGCAGUUGCGGGGAACAAACAUUGAACUGAUGUUUAUGACAAAGGAUAACAAAAACUAUAAUAAACUUUCUGAAGAUGAGUUAAAGAAACUGCUUGGAAAUGCGGACUAAACCUAUCAAGUAAACAUUUUGAAAUUUAUACAAGUGUAAACCUAAUUAUAACAUAAAAGGAUUAAAAAAAUUCUUAAUUCGACA